AUGCCUUCGAUCUCUGUGCCUACAGGAGGUCUCAGUGGGGCAACCAUCAUUGACUCCCUUGACACCCUCUACCUCAUGGAGCUGCAGGAGGAGUUCCAGGAGGCCAAGACCUGGGUUGAAGAGAACUUCCACCUGAACGUGAGUGGAGAAGCAUCCUUGUUUGAGGUGAACAUCCGGUACAUCGGAGGACUCCUCUCAGCCUUCUACCUGACGGGAGAAGAGGUGUUCCGAGUAAAGGCCAUCAAGCUGGGAGAGAAGCUUCUGCCGGCCUUCAACACCCCCACGGGAAUCCCAAAAGGUGUUGUGAACUUCAAAAGUGGCUCCAACAGGAGCUGGGGCUGGGCCAUGGCUGGGAGCAGCAGCAUCCUGGCUGAGUUUGGAUCCCUGCACCUGGAGUUCUUACACCUCACCGAGCUCUCUGGCAACCAGGUCUUCGCAGAAAAGGUCAGGAACAUCCGAAAAGUCCUCAGGAAGAUCAACAAGCCCUUCGGCCUCUACCCCAACUUCCUCAGCCCAGUGAGCGGGAACUGGAUGCAACACCACGUCUCGGUUGGAGGCCUCGGGGACAGUUUUUAUGAAUAUUUGAUCAAAUCCUGGUUGAUGUCGGCCAAGACAGAUGUGGAGGCUAAAGAUAUGUACUACGAAGCCUUGGAGGCAAUAGAGACCUACUUGCUGAAUGUCUCUCCUGGGGGGCUGACCUACAUUGCCGAGUGGCGAGGGGGGAUUCUGGACCACAAGAUGGGGCACCUGGCCUGUUUCUCUGGGGGCAUGAUCGCCCUCGGCGCUGAGGAUGCCAAGGAAGAAAAGAGGGCCCACUACCGAGAGCUCGCAGCCCAGAUCACCAAGACGUGCCACGAAUCAUACGCCCGCUCAGGUAACCCUGCAAGGGGAAGGGGCAGCAGUAGAGACUGAGGCUAGACACCAGGAAGGACUCGAAAAACCAGCAGAGCGGCAGUGCGGGAAGGGAACACACGGUCUUAGGGCAGUCUCACCUUGGAAGUUACGUAGAAUUUGUAUGAGGGAUGUGCCGCCUACGCACUGAGACUGUACCCUUAGUUAAAAGGAAAAUAGGGGUGAUGUAUCAAGCACCUGUGCUAAGUGUUCAACACUUGACCUUGCAUCAUUGCUGAACCUCACAACACAGAUAAACUGAGACCCAGAGAGGACUUGGCCAAGGGCCCAUGUGAGGGGCACAGAGCAGAGGGUCCUCCAGGCUUCCUGAGCCUAGCAGAUCCCUUCUCCCCGAGCCCUUACCCCUGAGUGCACCUCUGCCUUUCCUCCCCAGCACCCCUCCAUUUAUGGGGUCUUACCACCUCUGGCACCACCCCGUUUACCACCGUCUUUGAACCAAGACCACCAGAAAGCUCGAGAGCUUCUUGACCAUCCCCACCUACCACUCGUUGCAGAAUUAUCAAAUGCUAGAGUCAGGAGUCACAUUAGAGAACAUGAGCCUUGUCUUACACGUGGGGAAACUAAGUCAGCCCAGAGCGGGGAAGUGACUUCACCAAAGUCACACUGCGCGUGAGUAGCUAAGCCAGGGCUAGAACCCAGGUCUUCUGAUGCCCAGCUCCUUCUUGUGUGCUGCCUCUCUAAACAGUGCCCCUCAGAAAGAGCCCUCCCCCCAGGGCCCUGAGAGGUGCCCACUGCUCUGAGUGUAAUCCCAGUCUUGGAGGAAAGGACCUAAGAUUUGCCAUAAACCUGGCUCAAGUGCCAGUCUGCCACUCGCCAGUGGGAUGGCCUCUGUUUUCUCAUCGGUUCAAUGGGAACAAUAACACGGGUCUCCCGGGAUGAGAUAGAGGGUCCCAUAGAAAGCACAUUGCCGGCCGUCCUCAGCCCCAGCACAGAAGGCAUGUGUUAGCUUGAAAGGUGUCUGUGACCCCUCCAGCCGAGUCCAGGUCUCCCGGAGCUGUUUCCAUGAAGCCAGCAAUUCACAAGGGGUCCUUACAACGGGUCUGCGAUUCCCCUCAAAGAGCCAGAGCCAUAAACAGAUAGGAAAUCCCAGGAAUAAUAAAAAGCUCACUAUUUGUCUGGGACAAUCAACCCAGACCAUAAAAGACAUCCACUUAAUAGAGCAUGUGGUUCCAGCCAGCCCACCUGUCCACGGACAGCCACGGCGGCCGCUCGUGUCCCCACCCCAUCAGCAGCUUGGGCAAAACGGCUGUUUGCUAGCAGCCAGGAGGACUGCAAGCAUCUGAGAACUCGAGGGGGCCAGGGUCUGGCUAAUGGCACCCAGCACAGCCCUUCUGUGAAGCCCUCCAUGGAAGAGUAGAAUGUCCUGCAAAGCUCCAGUCGUCUCUUGAGGAAAAACAACCCAGGGCCUCUCAGGGUCCUGACCUGAUGGGAAGAAGGAAGGCACACUUAGGAUCAGAGCCCGGCACUUGACUGACUCAGACAGGGUGUGCAGGCGCCGAAGGGUGGAGGAGCUGACCCCUCUGGCCUAAACUCGGGGCCUAGAGUCUCAGACCCAGGAGGGAAAGAGAGAGAGCACAGUCCAGGGAAAGGGCAUCAGACAGAUCCAGGGUCACAUCCCAGCUCAGUCACAGCUUGCUGUGUUACCUUGGACAAAUUACUUAGCCUUUCUGAUCCUCAGCUUCCAAAUGCCUGAGAGAGGGACACUAACAUCUACCUUAGCAAAAAAACAGGAAACAAAAACAAACAACAUUUGUUAAGGAUCGAAAUAAACGUAUCUAAAGCACCCAGCACAGCCCUUGAAAUCAGAAGUAGUAGCUGUGGCAGCGGUUAUAACUGUGGUCCUCCAGCAAAGAGGAAUGGCACCAAAUUGUCCAAAAACAAACAAACCAAACG